AUGAAAGAACAAAAAAAUUAUAAUGUAUCUAUUAAAAAAAUAUUUGAUGAAUCAAAUAAGCUAAUACAGAAAACAACAGAAAAAGAUAGCUGUUAUAAUUCGAAUCUGUAUGAAAACAUUGAUGAAACAGAAAAAUUAGUAUUGUUACAUAUAUUUAAUAAUAAUAUUGAUGAUAUUAUGGAAUUUUUAAACAGUAAUGAUAAUUCUAAAAUAUCUUCUUGUAAAAAUUUUGUCAACAAAUGUGUACAAUUAUAUAAAAGUAUGGAUAGGGAUCUCUGUUCAAAAGAUCGUAUUACUGAUAAAACCAAAAUUUUCACCUGUGAUAUAGUAAAAAAGUUUAAAGAAUUAUAUUGUUCAAAUAUUUACAAUAAGUUAGCUAGGAAUAAUGAUUUUCAAGAUUUAUCUUAUAAUACUACUAUAAAUAAUAUGGAGGGAUGCCCCUCAGAAGAAAUUCAGUCAAAUGAUGCUUCUACAGUACAAAUAAAAGGAUCAGAUCCUUCUUUAAUUCAAAGCGUACCCCCUGCUCUUGGAAUAAUGGCUGGAAUACCUCCUCUUUUAGUAUUAACAUAUAAAUUUACCCCUGCUAGAAGAUGGAUAAAUUGGGCUUUACACGGAAAUAAAAAAGGAAUAAACAACAAUUUGUAUAGCGAUAAAGGAAAUGAAAUAUUAUUUGAUGGAAAUGUACAUAGUAAAUAUAAUACUUAUAAUAUAGGAUACGAAGCAGCACAAGAUCAUAGUUAA